AUGGUUCAUACAACUGCGACAACUUUACAUCUUCAUUAUGAUUUAGAAAAACCUGGCUAUCAAGGUUAUGAUCGUCGACAUUAUCCUGAAAAACAUCGUUUUAAUUUUAGUGAAUGUAUAUUUAAACCAAGAGGUCGUCUUUAUAUAUCGUCACCAACUUCAAAUAUUGAUGAACAAUGGCGUCCACAUGGACGGCAUAUCGAACCAAUGUAUACUGAUAUUGGACCCGAUUGGCAAUCUCGUAUUCGUUAUAUUCCUUCACCACGUCAUCCAGACACAAAACCUACAUUACCAAUUGGUUUAAUUGAAAAUAAUAUACAUAUUACUCGUCCUUAUCCACAAAAUUGGCAACGUACAACAAAUGAAUGGAAUUAUUUUACUGACGAACCAAUAGAACAGAAUUCAUCUAAACGUAAUUUUUUUAAUAAUAUACAUCUUCGUUCGUUAGAAGAUCUCGGUGAUCAAAAUAUGUAUAUGUCACAAAUAGGAUGUAAAAAAAAAGUUCUUGAUGUUCGUAAUGGUUUAAAGAAAAAAUCUGAAGGUGAUAAAAAUUAUCGUAUUGUUGAACAAUCACCAGAUUUUCAUAAAUUUGGUUCAACAUUACCUAUUGUUGAUUUUGGACGUGAAAAAAAACGACAUGGAAAUGUAAGAAAUUUUGUACCAAUGAAAAAUGAAAAAAUUUCUAUUAUUGAUGAAAUUGAUUUUAUUGAAAAAGAACAUAAACGUGAACAAGAAAAUAUUAUUGAUGAAAUUGUUCAAUUAGAUAAUUGGAAACCAGCUGAACGUGUUAAAAGUGCAUUUAAAGUAUUUGAUCUUGAUCCAAAUGAUAAAAAUGGUGGAAAAUAUAGACCACGUAUUCGAUAA